UGACAAGAAGCAGGAUAAGAAGCCCUUCAGAAUGUCACCCAAGAAGGCCAAGAAGAAGGAGGCAGCGAGCUCCAAUGUCUUCAAUAUGUUUGAGCAGUCCCAGAUCCAGGAGUUCAAAGAGGCCUUUACCAUCAUGGACCAGAACAGAGAUGGCUUCAUCGACAAGAACGACCUGAGGGACACCUUCGCUGCUCUGGGGCGUCUCAACGUGGGGAAUGAUGAGCUGGACGAGAUGCUGAAGGAAGCGUCUGGCGCCAUCAACUUCACUGUGUUCCUCACCAUGUUCGGAGAGAAGCUGAAAGGUACAGACCCUGAGGAAACCAUUCUUAAUGCCUUCAAAAUCUUUGAUCCUGAAGGAAAAGGAGUAAUCAGGGGAGAGGAUAUCAAGUACCAUCUUAUGUCUCAAGCGGACAAGUUCACAGAGGAUGAGGUGAACCAGAUGUUCACCAACUUCCCCCUGGACGUCGCAGGUAACUUGGACUACAAGAACUUGUGCUACGUCAUCACCCAUGGGGAGGACAAGGAACAGGAGUAAGCCAAGGAAAGCUGGGUCCUGGAGCAUCCGCUUGUAAAUAGCAUCAGACAGUGCAUGAUCAUCUUCCCGUCCAAAUCCCUCCCUCCAUUUCACUGAUUCAAUA